UUUCAAGAUCGCGGGCGACGUUGCCGCCAGGACGGACCGAUGUCGCAAGUCCACUUGAUAUGCAGCGAAGCGGCGGCAACGCUGCGAGAGCUCUUGCUCACGGCGGUGCAACGCGGUAUAUCCGUGGAGGACUCAUUCGGUCAUUUCGACCCCAUCGGCGAUGGUGUUGUGGACUUGACCCAGUUCAUUCAAGGGCUGAGAACUCUGGGGAUCCCACUGCGAGUGGAAGCGGCAAGCAUGUUGCUCCGCCAGCUCUCAGACACCAGCACAACGCAUCUUACUGUGCAGGACUUUCAUCGGCUAUGCGUGCAGCUGCCAAAGCGGCAGAAGAAAAAAGGGCCGCCGACUUCAAACGCCAAGCGAUACAAAGUAUCCAGCGACUGCGCACCCAUCAGUCCGGCACAACAGCCAUCGACAGAGGAGCGUGUAGCCCAAGCGCAAGGCCUCCCUGAAUGGGCCCACGACCGCAGCAAACGCGCGUUGAAAGAUCUUCAAGCAUUGUCCAAGCACCGCAAACAACAAUUGCGACAGGUGCCGUGCGACGAUUUUAGCGAUCCCAUGAGCGACGAUGACGACGAAAUCGACGGCGAAUCUGGCCAAGGCAGUGGACACAACGGUGGUUCGUCCACCUCCGUGGUGGCUCCACCGUCGUCGAUGCUUCCGCCGACACCGCUGCCAGAGACGACCACCGACGACCGCCCGCAAUAUCAGGUGUUUUCCGUCUCGGAUCAAGUGGCAUUACGAUAUGCCAUCUUGACGGCUCCCGUGGACUUCGUGGACGCGACCAUGCAAUCGUCGGGAGAAGAUCAAGCCGUGGAACACAGCAAAGUGUCGCGGCAUGUGCGCACGCCCAAGUCCCAACUCCGUCUCAAGUUGAUCAUCGUGGCAGACGUGUUUCAAACGCUGGACGCGAUCGACGCAUGGCUCGUGUCGGUCUUUCAAGUCUAUGCAUCGGCAAAAGUGCUCGUGAUCGGGCACCCCAGCCGCAUGGAUAGCCCCACCACCGUCGUCAACAAUGCGACUUUGGCGGCCUGGAUGGGGCAGUUGCUCACACAUCUGGACCACGCCCGCGAAUGGAUGGCCCAGCCCAAGUAUGGCACGGGUGCCACCCCCCAUAUCUUGGUCGGAUUCGGGUCGGGCGCGUCUGUUGCAGCUCACUUCACGCUGAUUACAGCGCCGCAACAACCAAAGCUGCACGUCCUCAACCAAGCGCUGCAUGCGCUGGUGCUGGUCAACGGCUUUUGCUGCACGGAAGGCAUCAAAGCAAAGAUCCAGCAGCUCUUGCAUGGGCUGCAGUCGUCGAAACAUCCUACCGAGUACCAUCAACAGCUCGCAGCGAUGCUGUUCAGCGACAGCUACUUGAACCGAGCGUCGAGAAAUCAAGCAUUCAUCGACUUUUUCCAGCACCGGCGUGGAUUCUUCGAUGAGUCGACGAAGCGGUUGUGGGUCGUGCUGCUAAAGGGUGUGCUCAAACACGUUGACCUGCGGCCCGUGUUGAGCAACCUGCACAUUCCACUUUUUGCCGUCCAUGGCAGCGAUAACGGGUGGAUUCCGCCGGCCCAAGUGUCGUACUUUCAAGACAAACGGCAGCUCGCCCUGUCGUUUAAUGACGCAAUGAAGUCGUCCGGUGGCCUCAUUCAUGUAUCGUGGCUCAAGGCCGGUCAUGAGUUGCUUCAAGAGCGACCGGCAUUUUUCCCCCAAUUUCUCGACCAGGUCGUGACAGCGGCGCAUGUCGCGAUUCAGCAGCACGCAUCACCCACGCCAGACGAUGCAGACGUCGAGAUUUCACCCUCCAGCGGCCGCAACGCAUCGGCCAAGUCGACUGACGUGGCAAGCCGGCUAACCGACGGCAGCGACGACGACGAACUGAGACUGAACCAGGCUACGACCGACGGCACCCCCAACACCACCGUCACGCCACAACUGUUGCCGCAAGUCCAAGAACUAUACGCGACAGUAGGUUUGAAAGGAAUCCGGCAAGAGCUGAUCGAUCGCGACAUUGAUGUUCCAUUGGGAAACGACGAUCAAGUGAUGUGGAUGCUCCAUCAAGCACUUGUGGCGGAGGCGCAGGCGGCUCGAGCCGCCGAAGCCAAGACAAUCGCGAGAAAAGAGCUCGAGCGUCAGCACGAGCUGCAACUUGGGCGGCAGGAAGACGAAAAGCGGCAGAAGAAGUUGCGGGAGCAAGCCCGCCAACAAGCUCGGUUUCAGAAAGACGCGAUGGCGUUCAAGGCAAGGGAAGCGGCCCGCCUGGAGCAACAAGCCCACGCGCAGGCAGAGUGGGCCGAGCGAAGUGCAAUGGAGGCAAAUGACCAGUACAGUCGCCGCCGCGAGGCCCAUGACGCCAAGCUGCUGCAGUGGCGCGAUACCAACACGAACGCGCUCUCGACGGUGGAGGCGCUGAAUGAAGAGCGAGAGGAGCGGCAGGCGGAACAGGCGGCUAUUCAACAAGGGCUCGAUCGGGCAGCGCAUCGCGUCGAGCUGGAGGCGAAUCUGUGGACGUUGCAACGGCAGAUGGAAGCGAGUCAGGUGACCUUGCGCGGCGAUACUGAGGGGUAUGGCUUGGACGGGCCGAUUCGGAGCAGCGAGAUCCCCGCCGUCGUUCGCGGAAUCCAGUGCCUGAUCGAAGACGUCACAGCGAUUCGCGCUCAGAAGUGCACGUCCAUCGCGCAACAAGCGGCGAGCCAGGCAAAGCAGCGGGCAAUCCAAGCUGCCCUCGAUGACACCAAUCGCAUGCACUCCAACUUGCUGCGGGUACUCCAACGUGCUGAGGACGAAAAGGUGAUUGCCAAACCAGACGCGGGCGGGACCGUCCGAUUGGUUCCAGCGACGGCGCAGGGGAUGCGCCUCCUGCGCGAUAAACUCAACUCAUUGCACCAAGAGAUGGCGAACUUGACGUCGGUCGCGGCCGCUGCAACUACCGAGGUGGCAAUGUUUGAUCGUAUGAUGCAGAGCUUGGCGGUGCUACAGAAGCGCACGGAUGCCGCGAUGGGGGCGCUGCAGACCAAGGCGAAGGCCAUUCUUGCCGAAGCGAACGAAGUUCUCGCGGUGCUUCGGGAAGAACAGGAAAGGGAAGCAGUGGCCGAUGCCAAGCGCCUCACAGCCAUCCAUUCCACCGAAGCACGAGUUCAAACGAUCGAGAUCGAGCUCAAGCGCGUUGAAACAUUAACGACGCCGUUCAUCGACACCGACGUGUAUAUUGCAGGCGCGCCCCAGCGUGUCGAUCGGCACAUUUUGUCGUCGAACUUGCGAGCGGAGCGAGGGAGACUGCAAGAAUCGCUGGACGUUCUCCGAGCCGAAGCGGUCACGGCCAAAGCGGGCCGAAUGACGAUGCGCGCCCAAGGCAUCACACUCACAAAUGACCUGGUAUCGCUUUUGAAGGCAGAGACAAUGUUGGGUGCCGUAAUCGCAGAGGACCAGCCCACUCAAGCGACUCCUCUCGGCGUCCCUAUUACAAACAGCGCGUCGCAGCCAUCCAAUUUUCCCACCCAACCGCCACAUGCACCGCCGUCCAUGGCAGUCAUUCGGGCGAAGGGCGUGCACGACCGCGCCGUCGACGAAAUGCAAUGGGUGGCCCUCGACCGACUGGUCUCCCCCGAGCACUACCUGUCGUUGCCCGAACAAGAUAUUGAAGAAAUGCGGCGCAACCCACACUACCAAACGUCCCUGACCGCGGCGCAUGUCCAGCGCUUGCUUCAGCUCCCCGAGCGCAUCAAUCUGGCACUACCGUUCCUAAAAUCGUCGGCAGAAAUCCACGCGCACAAACUACUUCGCCAGUACACGAAAGGCGACGGAGAGGGUGUCUUCAACGCCAAGGACGUUGCGUUCGCGCCGCCGCUGCUCAUCCACGACUUGGACACGGCCAUGCGAAAGCAGCUGGGCGCGGUAGUUCGCCAGAAGCCGUUGGAAACGUGUACCCCCGAUGAGCAAGCGUGGCGGCAGUGCGACGCCCUCCUCAACCCACCUGCGUCGCCUUCAGACAUAAACGUCCUCCCAGACCAGCUCCCGUUUGGCAUGUCGAGUGUCGAGGAGCUUCGACACGUGACCACACUCUCCCAAAGCGACCAUCCCGCAUGGAAGGUGCUACAUCAACACGGCAGCCUUGCGCCGCCUCGCGUCGUCGUCGUGCACACGCUUGCCGACAUUGUUGCGGCGCCGGAGCACUGCACGAUGCUAGUGGACUCGAACCAGCAGGCCAAACUCAUGGACGUCGCCGAGUGCCGUCUUCGCGCAAGACAGAGCGCGACGCACGAGUUUCGAGUGCACACGGCGGCGCUACACUUGUCCAUAUCAAUCGUGUUUGAGGGCAAGUUUACGAGUGUGGGGUACCAAGUCGGUCGGUUGGCAGCGAUGCUGUACUACAUGUCUGGGGACACACCGACGCCGCUUGGUCAAGUAUUGUACAGCGACGUUGCGCUCAACACGCGCGAGUCUCUGGGGCGGGUGGUGCUGCGCCAUCAGCCUGCUCAGGUCCCGAUAGCCCAAGGCACAUAUCACAUCGUUGUGGGCUGCCCGAGCGAUACCAAGUACUCGAUCGUGGUCAACUGCCACCUCGUCAGCCCAGUAGGCGACUUUGUCAAGCACGCAAAGCAGCUUGCUCUGACGUACCAAGCUCGACUUCCCGUGGGUCGACAAGAGAUCGCAGCGCACUGGCAAAGCAUGCGGCUAGCCGAGCGCAAACUGAACCUGGUCAAAGACGCGGCGGCGGAUGCGAUGGCAAAAGCCAAGGAGGCUGAGGUCACUGUCGCAUCGUUGCACGAGUUGUUGCACAGCAGCGGAACCUCGUCGGAAGGGGCGACGGAGUCGUCCAACCGCACCCACAUCUUGGCUAAAAUACGCGAAGCGGAUCGAAUCUUCACCAAGCAGUGUAAACUCCACACGAUCCGGCUUGAAGAGUGUCGAGACAUUCAAAAGGCGCUAACCCACUUGGCAUCGCUUCACGCUGACCUCUUGCUCGAGCGCGCACGGCUCGAGCAAGCCCUGCGCGAGUAUCGCGACUUCUUGCCCGACGCAACGGGACGUGUCGAAGGACACACCGCCGGGUUCAAAAUUGGAUACGCGUUGGGGGCUGAGUAUCACGCGAUCAAGACAGCCAAGAUGAGGUGGAGGGACUUAAGCGCCCUCAAGAGCCAGCUCCGCACGCUCUUGACGUCUGCGCAGCGCGUGCGCCGCAAAUACAAGAACGAUCGACUGUCGCUCAACCCUACGGAGCGGCAGUGGGUCCUGCUCGAUCGCAUUCGUUUCCCCGAUUUCUACUUGUGGGAGCAGGAAGCGGUGCACGCGUCAGAUCUCCUCCAUGAGUCGACGUUGGCGCCGCCCGGAAUGGAGUUGACAGCGCAAGAGAAGGCUUUGCUCACUUGGACGGCGCCCGACCUCGAACGCGUCCUCACUGCGCCAGUAAACCAACUUCGAAGCAAGGAGCUCCAGUUGCGUAAAACCAUGCUCGUGUUCCGAGACACCAAAGUGUCAGCGGUCCCAGCCGCGCUUCUUGCGUCGUGGCGGACCAAGGCUCCUGGGGAUCUCAAGCCGGAGCAGCGGGAGUGGGUUGCCGUCGAGCGAGUGCUCCACCCGGACUUGUACUCGAGCAAGCUCGCACCCGCGAUCCCGACGCACUGGACGAAAGAGAAACUGCUGGCUUUGAUCCAAACACCGGAAGAGCAGAUUUCGAUCUUGCCCCCAAAGGAGCGCCACCUCCGGGACCUCAUGUGGCAUUACGACAACGCGUACUGCGUCGAAGUGGUCGCGCCCAAGACCGUCCCGGUGACCUAUCACGCGAUCGCCCACAACCAACAAGGGAUGAAGGUUGAGGUAGACGUGGACAUGCGAUGCCGGCUCGUGCAGCAAGAGCUGGAUCGGGCCAUGUCGAAUCCAAACGACAUGAUGGACUCUGCGAUCUUGCACAGCGCGCCGCAGCGGUUCCCGACCCACGUGCUGCGACUGGAAUUGGAGAAGGAGCUCGAUCGGUUGCUGUUGGCCCAGUUGUACGAGCGAGAGGUGGCCGAAUGGAACGCUCUGGCAGCAUCGCUCGAUAUACCCGAGCACGACGGCGACAGCUCCGACUCGGAUCCAGAGGCCGACAUCGCGCGCCUUGCCAAAGCGGCGGCCAAGCAGCCAAGCGGGGCCAAGAAGCCCAAGCCGUCGUUUCAAAAGCAGAAACGAGCGCUCCAGGACGCGCUGGUCCCCAAAACGAUAGAGCAAGAGCAGCUGCAGCUCGAACGCGAGCAGCUAGGACCCAACGGGUGUAUGGCGUGCAAGUCGACUCCAUGCACGUGGAUACCAUAUCUCGGCGAUCGUGUGGCUACCAUCGAGCACCGCGUCCACUUGCUACAAGAUGAAAUCGAACGCGUCAAGCGCUCGAAAGAGUCGAUUGUGUCGUCGACCAUGUGCCUCGCGGCCGUUCGCAGCGGCGGCGGUGCUGUCGCGUUGCGCAAGAUGGACCUGUUUGCCGAACUGACGCUCGAGUGUCGGGUGUGGGAGAAGCAUCUGCGCCUCCGCGCCAUCGACACGGAGCUCCACGCCACGUACAAUUGGCCUGGCGACCACUUUGAAACAGUCGCGCUGCACGGGUUCACCCAGAUGCAACAAACGGAAAAGGUGAAAGCAGCGCUGACGCGGGAACAAAAUUCCCUCGUCGCGCACUUGGUGUCGUACGAAGUGAUGGAGGACAUCCUCGAGUACAUGCUGGAAGGCUGGGUGUUUGGCGAGCGCGAGUCCCAUCGGAAAGUCCAGGGCUACGUGCCAAGUGUGUACACGCACGGGCCACUCACCGUCCACACGCUGCGAUCGAUGGCAUCGUUACGUCCAGACACUCUGGCCGCGGACGCCACGGACUUGAAGGACAUCACGGAUGCCAAGGCCAAGUUUGGAACGCCGUUUGAAAAGUGGACGCCGAUCGAAGUCGAUGCGCAAGCAGCACAGCGUCGUGGCAAAGCUGUCCAAGCAGGUACAUCCGUCGCGCGCUGUGUAGAUCACGACGGCGAGCGGUGGGUUGAUGAAGAUCGAUCGUUAGGCUCGUCGGUCGCAACCGUGCUCAACGAAACGGAGCAAGCGUUGAAGUUUGGUCUCUUUUGCAUGACACUCAUGUACUUUCGCGGGCUCAGCUUGCUUCAAAAACAAAAGAAAGCCUGGAACACCCAAGCGAGCCACACCACCAAGGAUGCGCCGAUCAAGCCGACCGCAUUGCAAGUCGAGCGGUCCAAACAAGCAGCGCGCCAACGCCAACUCGACGUGGCCAACGCCAAGGCCAAAGUCGGCCGCGACCGCAAACAUCUUCGCGAGCAAGAGCGCAUGGCGGCAUAUCGUCACAAAUUGUACGCGCAACACCGCCUCGCCAAACAAGAAGCGCACGCGUGCACGCAGAUUCAACGGGUCUUUCGUGGGUUCUUGGGCCGUGGGGCGGCGGCCAAGUGGAAACUGCGACGGGCUGAGCUCGAAGCCCUAAUGGCGUUGGAAGAAGCGGCAGCCACGACGAUGCAGCGAGCAUACCGCGGACGGCUUGGCAGACUCGCGGCCGAGGCUCGACGCAUCGAGCUGGCCGAAUUUAUUGCGCAGAUUCGAGCCGAAGAAGCUAUUGUCGAGGAAGAGGAAUAUUGGAAGCGACACAUGUCGGAGCGACUGCGCCGCCGCAUCAAUGGCUUCUUGCAACGCAAGGCUGCCUAGCGAUGACGUCCAAAAAGUCACAGUAAGGGAGCGGCCCUAGCUGGCUCCUUGAUGACGUAUUGCAGUGCAAAAUGUUUCAUGGCCUGUACCAUGGUACCAUGGUUAAGUUACUUGAGAGCGUAUGCAAGGUGGCCGCCCUCUUCA